GGUGCCGCUGACAUUCGCGGCGGGCUGUGGCUGUAGCUCCAGUUCCCGAGCCGGGCGGCGGCGGCCCGCGUGAUUGACAGGAAGCCCGCGGGCCAGUCAUGUCAAAGCCGAGGCCGCCGUGCUGAAGAUGGACACACAGCACUAGAGAGCUCUUCUGCUUUCCUAUCAAAAGCUUUGGUUAUCUGGUGUUUUGUUACCAGUUAUUGCAUCUCAAUCAAGUCUGUUUGCUUCAUCAGACAUGAUUUUCACAAUCUCAAGGAAAAAUAUGUCCCAGAAACUGAGUUUCCUGUUGCUGGUAUUCGGACUCAUCUGGGGGCUGAUGUUACUUCACUAUACUUUUCAACAGCCAAGACACCAGAGCAGCGUCAAGUUACGGGAGCAAAUCCUAGAUUUAAGCAAAAGGUACGUGAAAGCCCUGGCAGAGGAGAGCAAGAGCAUGGUGGAUGUGGACAGUGGAGCAUCCAUGGCGGGCUACGCGGAUCUGAAGAGAACGAUCGCGGUCCUCUUAGAUGACAUUUUGCAACGCUUGGUGAAGCUGGAGAACAAGGUCGAUUAUAUUGUUGUGAAUGGUUCAGCAACCAAUACGACCAAUGGCACCAGUGGGAACUUGGUGCCUGUAACCACCAACAGAAGGACGAGUGCACCCGGCAGUGUCAGAUAGCAGUGCAGGCCACCUUGCAGGGCUACACCACUGUGGAACGCAUCUAUCCAGGACACCUCUUAAACUGCUGCCUAGGACAGAGUACUACUUGACAAUAAAAGCUCUCCACAUUUCCAA